AUGUGCACAGAGGCCGAGUGCAAAGUGAUUAGAACCCGCUUGGUACAAAAGGCAACCGAACAAGCGCAGAAGGAACUUGCCUUGGCUCAGGAUCUUCUUUCACACCAGGAUGUACUGCUGACGCCUUUACAGCCCGAAACAGAUGCGUUGACUGGCAAACUUGCAAGUGCGCUGACAAACCUGGUGCGGGAGCCUGGUGGCGAGGAGUGCUCGGAUCAUGUUGGUGGAGUCACUGACACCGGUUCCAUGGCGUCGCUUGACCAUCCACCCUGUGUGUCCAGAGGGAUGCUAAGUUCAUCAGGCUCAUCAUCCAGCUCAGUUUUAGAGGCCAAAUGA